CUACUCUCCUUUCGGUUCCUCUCGGAGGAAGCACCGGCGGCCGGCUGUUCAUUUGUAUUACCCAAGAUGGAGGUUUGCUGAUGGCUCUUACAUGUAGGAGAGAUUCUAUCCGUUCGUGUGUCUUUGCUGACGAUUUUAUUUGGACAGAACAAAUAUUGGUCGUCCUGACACACUGAGAGGAAUACAGAUCUACAUUGGGAAUUUGGCUCCCAUUCCAGGUUGGCAACCAUGAGCUCUGGGGAAGGAGCGGAGGACCCGUCAAAGGACGCUGCCGACAUAACGGCGUUCUUUAAGACUGAUUGUUCCCUCCCGAAAGAGCCAAAAGGAGAUGUGUCGAGUCAGAUAGCAGGUUUUCGCAGAAAUGAAGAGAUGAGAGCGAUGGAGGUGUUGCCUAUUCUAAAAGAGAAAGUUGCCUUUCUAUCAGGGGGCAGAGACAGGAGAGGAGGUCCAGUGUUAACGUUCCCGUCACGUAGCAACCAUGACAGGAUACGACAGGAGGAUCUCCGACGACUCAUAGCAUACCUCGCUGGGAUCCCCAGUGAGGAGGUGUGCAAGCAUGGCUUCACCGUCAUCGUGGACAUGCGGGGCUCCAAGUGGGACAGCAUCAAGCCUCUUCUGAAGAUCCUGCAGGAGUCGUUCCCCAGCUGCAUCCACGUCGCACUCAUCAUCAAACCAGACAACUUCUGGCAGAAGCAGAGAACAAACUUUGGCAGUUCCAAGUUUGAGUUUGAGACGACCAUGGUGUCACUGGAGGGUCUUACCAAGGUGGUAGACCCCUCCCAGCUGACAGCAGACUUCGAAGGCAGCCUGGACUACAACCACGAAGAGUGGAUCGAGGUGCGGGUGGCGUUUGAGGAGUUCUCGGGCCAUGCGGGCCACAUGCUGGGCCGCCUGGAGGAGAUGCAGGAGACCGUGUCCAGGAAGGACUUCCCCCAGGACCUGGACGGAGCCCGCAAGAUGAUCGAGGAGCACGCCGCGCUCAAGAAGAAGGUCAUCAAGGCCCCCAUCGAGGAGCUGGACGCCGAGGGCCAGAGGCUCCUGCAGCGCAUCCAGAGCAGCGAGUCGUACUCCAACCGGAACGGCGGGGGCGUGUGCAACGCCGACACGCAGGGCCUGGUGCCUCGCGUCAGCGCCCUGCUGGACAAGCUGCACGCCACGCGGCAGCACCUGCACCAGGCCUGGCACGUCAGGAAGCUGCAGCUGGACCAGUGCUUCCAGCUACGCCUCUUCGAACAGGACGCCGAGAAGAUGUUUGACUGGAUCAUGCACAAUAAGGGCCUGUUCCUGGCUGGCUACACGGAGAUUGGGAACAAUCACCCCCACGCCAUGGAGCUGCAGACACAACACAACCACUUUGCUAUGAACUGCAUGAACGUGUACGUGAACAUCAACAGGAUCAUGUCUGUGGGGAACCGUCUUCUUGAGUCUGGUCACUACGCCUCGCAGCAGAUCAAGCAGAUCUCCGGGCAGCUGGAGCAGGAGUGGAAGGCCUUCGCCGCCGCGCUGGACGAGCGCAGCACCCUGCUGGAGAUGUCGGCCACCUUCCACCAGAAAUGCGACCAGUACAUGAGUAACGUGGACUCGUGGUGCAAGGCGUGCGGGGAGGUGGAGCUUCCGUCCGAGCUGCAGGACCUCGAGGACGCCAUCCACCACCACCAGGGCCUGUACGAACACAUCACGGCCGCCUACGGCGAGGUCAGCCAGGAUGGCAAAGCCUUACUGGACAAGCUCCAGCGCCCCCUGACCCCGGGCGGGGCCGACUCGCUCACGGCCUCGGCCAACUACUCCAAGGCGGUCCACCACGUGCUGGACGUCAUCCACGAGGUGCUGCACCACCAGCGGCAGCUGGAGAACAAGGGCACACAAGCCACACCCACAGCCACACCCACACCCUAUAUGGGGGAAUAUCUGGAUGGGCAGCACAGCAAGGACCUCCUCUCGUCUGUCCGUCCGUCCGUCCAGCUCCGAGACCCCCAGCGCGGCGAGCUGGUGAACGCCAUCGAGGAGCUGGUCAAGAGCAAAAUGGCUCUGGAGGACAGGCCCAGCUCUCUCUCAGUGGAACAGGGGGACAGCAGCUCUCCCUCCUUCAACCCGUCGGACAACUCCCUCCUCUCCUCCUCCUCCCCCAUCGACGAGAUGGAGGAACGCAAGACUGGCUUUCUAAAGAGACGCCAUUAUGUGUUGCUGGAGCUGGUGGAGACGGAGAGGGACUACGUCAGAGACCUGGGCCUGGUUGUAGAGGGCUACAUGACCCGGAUGAAGGAAGAAGGGGUUCCAGAUGACAUGAAGGGGAAAGACAAGAUCGUCUUUGGCAACAUCCAUCAGAUCUUCGACUGGCACCGAGAUUUCUUCCUGGGGGAGCUGGAGAAGUGUCUGGAGGACCCAGACAGACUGGGCUGUCUGUUUGUCAAACAGGAGCGAAGGCUACACAUGUACAUAGUGUACUGUCAGAACAAGCCCAAGUCAGAGCACAUCGUCUCCGAAUACAUUGACACCUACUUCGAGGAGCUGAAGCAGCGACUGAAUCACCGCCUGCAGAUUACCGACCUGCUGAUCAAGCCGGUCCAGAGGAUCAUGAAGUACCAGCUGCUGCUGAAGGAUUUCCUCAAGUUCUCCAAAAAGGCCGGGCUGGAGUCUGCAGAGUUGGACAAAGCCGUGGAGGUCAUGUGCAUCGUGCCCAAACGCUGCAACGACAUGAUGAACGUGGGCCGCCUCCAAGGAUUCGACGGUAAGAUCGUGGCCCAGGGGCGUCUCCUGCUCCAGGACACCUUCCUGGUGUUGGACCCAGAGGGGAGCCUGCUGGGGAGGAUGAAGGAGAGGAGGGUCUUCCUCUUCGAGCAGAUGGUGAUCUUCAGCGAGCCCCUGGACAAGAAGAGGGGCUUCUCCAUGCCUGGCUUUCUUUAUAAGAACGGCAUCAAGGUGAGCUGUCUGGGCAUGGAGGAGAGCGUGGACAGCGACCCCUGUACCUUCACCCUGACCUCUCGCUCGACCAAUAGCAGCACGGAGACGUUUGUGCUCCACUCCUCCCACCCGGGAGUGCAUCAGGUGUGGACCCUGCAGAUCAGCCAGAUCCUGGAGAGCCAGCGCAACUUCCUCAACGCUCUGACCUCCCCCAUCGAGUACCAGAGGAACCAUGUGGGGGCCAGCAGCGGGGUGUGCGUGCCCAGCGCAGGCGCUCCGCCUGGGGGCAGCGGAGGCCCCGGCGUGGCCCCUGGAGUAGCGGGCCCCCAGGGGGGCUCCAUCCCCGUCCCCCAGGGGGGCUCUCGCUCACGGCCCUCCCGGAUCCCCCAGCCCUCCCGCCUGCCCCAGCCCCUGCGCCACCAGCCCGGGGGCCCUGACCCCGAGGGCCCCAACAAGAUGUCAGGUUUGUCCCCUCGCCCGGUCCCUCCCCCCCUGCUCCCAGCUCCAGCCCUGGCUGAGCCCGCCGACCAGGCCCCCGGGGUGGGGAAGGGCCAGAGGGGGGUGAGGGUCCAGGGGGGCAGCCCCCAGGGCAAGCGCCCCAGCCUGGCUCCAGACGACCAGGCACAGCCCCCGGCCCCCACAACCCCCGUUCCUGCCGUGGCCCCUAUCCCCCGCGCCACGGUGGGUCCUCUCCCCAUACCCACCACGCCCAAACCUCGGCCCGGCGCCACCGUCUCCCCCAUGGCCUCCCCCAUGGCCACCCCUGCGUUUGGCAAGGAGGCCCUCUCACUUCCCCCUCCGAGCCCGGGCCCCAAGUCUGGCUUGGGCUCCUCAUUCUGGAGCUCCAUGCCCAGCUCCCCAGCCAGCCGGCCUGGCUCCUUCACCUUCCCUGGAGAGACUGGGGACAGUCCUGCCCGACAGAACCACAACCACACCCAGGCUGGGUCAGGCUCGGGGCCGGGGCCGGGGUCUCAAACUCACAGACACUCCACGCACAGCAAGGAGGCCGACCGCAUGAGCACGUGCUCGUCCACCAGCGAGCAGUCCAUCCAGUCCACCCAGAGUAACGGGAGUGAAAGCAGCAGCAGCAGUAGCGUGGCCACCAUGCUGGUGACCCAGGACUACGUGGCGUUGAAGGAGGAUGAGAUCAGCGUGCUCCAGGGGGAGGUGGUCCAGAUCCUGGCCAGCAACCAGCAGAACAUGUUCCUGGUGUUCCGCGCCGCCACCGAGCAGGGCCCGGCCGCCGAGGGCUGGAUCCCCGGCUACGUUCUGGGACACACCUCCGCCAUCACCCCCGACUGUCCCGACGGAACCAUCAGGAAGUCGUCGUCCUGGCACACGUCCCUGCGCAUCCGCAAGAAGUCCGAGAAGAAGGAGAAGGAUGGAAAGAAGGAGACCAAGCUGGAAAACGGUUACAGGAAGUCCAGAGAUGGCCUACCCAAUAAGGUUUCAGUAAAGCUUCUAAACCCAAACUACAUCUAUGAUGUCGCCCCAGAGUUCCUGCUGCCCCUGAGUGACGUGACGUGUGACAACGGAGAGAGUGUCACCCUCAGGUGUAAGGUGUGUGGGCGCCCCAAAGCCACCGUUACCUGGAAAGGACCCAACCAGAGCACCCUGUCCAACAAUGGACACUUCAGCAUAGCCUACAGUGAGACAGGCGAAGCGACCCUGAGGAUAGUGGGCGUGGCCUCUGAGGAUGACGGCGUUUACACCUGCGUCGCCACGAACGACCUAGGCAGCGUGACAUCAUCAGCCAGCCUCAGAGUACUAGCUGUGUCCAGUGACGGGGUCAGGGUGAGCUGGAAGGACAACUUUGACGCCCACUACACAGAGGUGGCUGAACUGGGCAGGGGCCGGUUCUCCGUGGUCAAGCGUUGUGACCACGUGGGGACCAAGCGCACGGUGGCGGUCAAGCUGGUCAACAAGAAGCUGAUGAGGAGGGACCAGGUGACCCAGGAGGUCAGCCUCCUCCAGAGGCUCCAACACACACACCUGGUCGGCCUCGCAGACACGUACGAGACCUCCAGCAGCUACGCUCUGGUCCUGGAGAUGGUCGACCAGGGCCGUCUCCUGGACUACGUGGUGAGCUGGGGGAGCCUCACUGAGGAGAAGGUGGCUUGUUACCUGCGAGACAUUCUAGAAGCUCUACAUUACCUUCACAACUGCAGAGUGGUACAUCUGGAUGUGAAGCCUGAGAACCUACUGGUGGCCCACACUCCUGCCGGCCAGCCUACGGUCAAGCUAACUGACUUCGGGGACGCGGUCCAGCUCAACAGUGCCCACUACGUGCACCCUCUCCUGGGUAGUCCCGAGUUCGCCUCCCCCGAGCUGGUCCUGGGGGAGCCCGUCUCCCUGACCUCCGACCUGUGGAGCCUGGGGGUGGUCACCUACGUGCUGCUGAGCGGCGCCUCGCCCUUCCUGGACGAGAGCGCCGAGGAGACCUGCCUGAACAUCUGCCGGCUGGACUUCAGCUUCCCCCGGGACUACUUCCAGGGCGUGAGCCAGGCGGCCCGGGACUUUGUGUGCCUGCUGCUGAGGAGCGACCCUGGCAGACGCCCGCCGGCUGGGCUCUGCCUCCAGGAGGCCUGGGUCCAGGCGGGGGCCGGGGGGGAGGGCUUCCUGGACACGUCCCGCCUCGUGUCCUUCAUCGACCGCAGGAAGCACCAGACGGACGCCAGGCCCAUCGGAGGGGUACACAGCUUCCUGCAGAGCCGUCUCCAGCCUCGAGUCUGAAGGGGGCCCGGGAGGAGGCCCAAUUCCAAACCAAAAAAACCUAAACCCUCUGCUGCCCUCUCAGCUACUGCAAGGCUGUGGGGGAGAGUGGACGGUGUCGGAUGCCUUCGCAUACGGCUGGAGGAGUAAGGGAGGGCGUCUGUUGGUUUGGAACUGGGCACCUGAAGACGAGACGGAGAAGAACAAAAAAAUGAAGUGUGCUGAUCUCAUCCUCUUCCACAUGGACUGUGGAGAAUCAAUCAUGUAGUCCUUUCGCCAAUGGUAGGGCCUGUUUCAGGUCCUAAGCCAAUCUGAGUGCUGGAAGGAACAGUCCUCAGCCAAUCAACACAAGGAUGGAAUGUCCUUACCAGUCUACUGCUGCUUGCUGGUUUCAACUCAAAACACAUUUUCUACGAGGGGGGUGGAUGGGUGGGGGUGGGGGGUGGGGGGGGCUAAAACAGUCCAAAUGGAUAACUUAAAACCGAGCGUCAGUCGAUCAACAGAACCUCAUGAUCGAGCCAGAUGUAACUGCACAAAGGAGCAGAGAUUUCAGGAGAAAGCGAUGCUAACAGAGCUAGCGUUAGCGACACCGCAGAGCGUCUCCCGCUCCUCUUGUUGCUAGGGAGAGCGAGACAUUCUGUUUCAGACCUUUUACACAAUGUUACUCAAAGACUUUUGAGAAACACCCCUUUCUUAAAGAUACUAUGUAAAGGAUAGAUGAUGAUGUCCAUAACUUUUCAAGAACACGUUUGGGAAAUAAAAUCUAAUAAUAAAAAAAAAAUAAAAAAAAUAAGAUUCGAGAAAAUCCUCGUCAGUUGAAAGUUGCUGUGCUACAUUGGACGCUGUAGGAACCCAGUUCUGGAGAUCCGCUUCCUGUAAUUGAGGUCCUCAAAGCAGUUGAGACAUUUUUACGUCCAAUCAGAGCUUUUUGAUUGCUGCGCUCAUGUACCUAGCUCUAAUCUUAAGAAACCAUGAUAACCAUGUUGCAAGUAACAAUACAGAUUCUAACUGCUGCACUGUCCGAUCUCUUCAAACAAACAAUAGACAAAUAAUUCAUUGUUGCUUUUACCAGAACAAAUUGUGUUGUGCAGAUUUAAGAUGUUUAAGCCUUACUUUGUAUAUAGACUCAAACUGCCUUCUGUCCCUCAUAUUCAAAAUGGCUGCCUGCUUUUAAGUGACGUCAUAGGAGGCAGGACAAAGGAAUCCUGCAGAUGUAAAUGUUGAUUGUCAUUGGGCAUCGGAGCCUGAGUGACGGCAGAGACAGCCUAUCAGAGGCUGGAGGAACGAGGACGCAGUAGAAGACAGAAAACUGUAAAUGCACUCACUGUAUGUUAUGUUUCUGAUUCUUAUCAUGUGCAAUGUUGCGGCUUUAACAUUUUAUGCAACUAUUUAUGAAGACAUCUGUUGUAUCUGUAAUAAAUAUAGAGAAAAGCAUGUACUUGGUACUGCAAGAUCUGCUGGUAGUGGUGUUUAUUUGACCUUAUUGGAGUAUUAUUGACUUCCCAGGUAAAUGUUUGGGCUCUGAAGUCACCUGGCACUUAUGACUAGAUAUUUGAUUUGUCACUUUUUUUUGGUUCUUUAUGUACAGUAGUUACUGGUAUACCAAAGUUGUUCCAGCUUUACCUAGACUAUUGUUUUCUUGAUGACAUUUCACAUUAUUAAGUUAAACAUAUUAUACAUGUUUUAACCUUAUUAUGGGAUGUUUACACUUGUUUUACUAGGCUUUAUGUUGUGUUUUAUGUGUGAGACUGCUAUGGCCAGCUUCACUUUAGACUAUCAAACACACCCAUGAUUGGAAUCUCUAAAAUCACUAGGGUGUUCCUGAUAUAGUUUCCUGGCAUUAAAAAAUAUAUUGCUGUUAUCUUUUAGUGUUCAUUAAUUGAAUUUAUAACCACAUCAAUUGUUAACUGUAAAUAUGUAUUGCAUAUUGUAGGUGUUUCAUGAUUGGGAUGAUACAUUUUGCCAAACAUUAUUUUGUCAGAAAUUACCGAAAUUCCACAUACUGCACUCUACUUUGUGUCUCCAAUAGCAAGCUCACUACAUGGUUAAUGUGGUGUCAUUUAAGGUUUACCCCAGUUGAUGUUGUUACUCAUCAACAUGCAGAGAAAAAAACAAGACGUUUGACACUUUUAAUUCGCUUCCUCGUUCUCAAAAGGGAGACAGGGAUGUGCUUACCGUACGUAGAAAGGUCAGUCAUGUGCUGCACCCAUAGUCAACACAACUAGAUCUGACUAGAAUGUAUUGUUGAACUGUUGUUCUGGGGAGUGUUGCUACCAACUCAUAAGAAGAUGAUGCUGCCAAACAGGUUCGGUUGCCAGAGAGGAAGAUGGAUGUUAAGUCAAAGCUGUACAGUCCCAAACCAUGCCCUUGUAUUUAUUUGUAAUUUAAUCUCUGUAAAGUUGUACAAACGCCAUCAAAUCAAGCAAACUUGGACUGGAUCAUUUUUGUCAGUCAUGUUUUUUUUGUCCGUUAUUGUCUUGUCCAUGUCUUUGUUCCCAUUGCAUCAUAUUUUAUACAUAUGUGUAAUUGUUUACCGUGGUUUUAUUAAUUUUUCGCUUUGUUUUUUUUAUCUUUGCAUGUAGAUUCUUUUGUACAGACCAUAAUUAUCCAAGUGAUUUUCUGUAAAUAUUUUCAUUAUUUUGCCAUCAGUUACUUAAAAAUAAACUUACUGAACAU